AUGGCCAACCUCAUCCGCAUGCUUUUCGGCGUGCCACCUAGUGUGGUGCUGUUCCCAAGUACUCUGUGCUCGGAAAGCAGACCUCAGCGGGAAGUCCAGUACGAGUUCUGGAGGCCUGAUGAUGGCGAUCCUCCGCAGGAUCGUCUCAACUAUGCGGCACCGAUCUAUGAGCAAUUGGCACUGACAGGACCGCUGCCGCAAUGUUUCGUGCAGUACCUGGGCAGGAUCAAUACUUGCUACAGGGUGGAACGUUUUGAACCAGGGCCCAUGCCGUAUGUUCUGCCCAAAGCGGAGGAAGCCGAUCGAAUCCUCGCCUUGUAUCAGCGCUGGGCUUUGCAGUCUCUUGCAGCCUUGAACUUCAUGCACGACCGAGGUAUCAUACUGAAUGCUGUCGACAGUUCUUCGCUAUGGUUGCGCAACGAUCUCUCUAUCGCCAUAGCCAACCUUGUCGAUGCUGGAUCUGUACAGCUUGGAAUCGAGGCUGGCAUCCAGGGCUGCAAUACGAUAGACUCACCGUGGCGGCAUCAUCCGAUUUCAUUGAACAACACAGCGGGAGGUAUAUACGCUGGGCACGUUAAAGUCGAUCUCUUCGACUGGGCGACAAUGGUCUAUGCCUGGUUUUCGCAUGGCAGAUCUCCUCUAGACUACGACAUUCAUGCUUUACAAGGCCAACAAAAUACCGAAUAUGAGUACAGGCUGCUACUGGAGAGGCAGAACCUGGUCUCGCUGCUUCAGUAUCAUCAGUGGCCAAUACUCGACGACUCCAUACUCGGCCCGAUCUUGCUUGGGGCAUGGCAAGGUCAGUACGAAAAUACUGCUGCAGCUCUCCAAGAUACUCGAGCCAUGUUGCAAUCCUGCGGGAGACGUUUAGCCCCUGGCACAGAAGGUGACAUUGUAGGAUUCGGCUGGCCUGACGCUUUCGAGUUCGUCAAAGAUAAUCACGGACGAAAUGCAAAACUUCGCUUGCGAGCUGGCUGA